AUGUGCGGCAUCUUCUUCUCCCUAAGCCGGGUUGGCCAUGUGACGCCCACUGCCAGUACCGAGCUGCUUCUCCAGCACAGAGGGCCAGAUGCCACUGGACAGCAUCGCGUUGCCAUCGAGUUAGACUCUGCAUGCGCUGUACAAGACGCAGGCCCAACGCGGGUGCACGCCACAUUUCUAUCAACAGUACUUGCUUUGCGCGGCAAGGAAAUUGUUCAGCAACCUCUCAAGGACGCAGCUACGGAUUCAGUGCUCUGCUGGAAUGGCGAGGCCUGGAGCAUCUCUGGCCAAGCUGUCAAUGGCAACGACUCCCAACUCGUCUUUGCUAGACUUUUAGAGGCAUGCGCCAAUGAAGGUAUAACCUCUACGCGCAACGUCGUUGAACUGCUUUCAGCUGUGCGUGGUCCGUAUGCAUUCGUCUUCUAUGAUGCACCAAACAAACGCGUCUACUAUGGUCGCGACUGCCUCGGACGGCGAUCGCUACUUCGCAAAGACGCUGCCGACGGUACCAUUGUCUUGUCCAGUGUUUCUGACAAUAGGUCUGGUGAGGUUUGGGCUGAAGUCGAUGCCGACGGCAUACACGUCGUCGACUUGUUGGAUGUAGAUACUGCAUAUCCAUUAUUUUCUGAUCAACGGAUACCCCACCGUCGUUUCGACCAAGAUCAGGACUCUGAAAUAUCUUUCACUCUACCCUUUCCUCUAAUGAACUGCUCCACCUCGGACAAAGCUGUCCUAGACUUCAGUAUGGUAGACCAACUGAGGACGUCUUUACUCCGAUCUCUCCAAGUUCGCAUAGAACAUGUCCGUGAAGCAGUAACCGGCAUGGACAUGGAUGUGCCAAAUCACGCCAGAGUUGCAAUCUUAUUCUCAGGCGGCCUUGACUGCACCAUUCUUGCACGCUUGUGCCACAAUCUCUUGCCACCAGGCGCACCUAUUGAUCUUCUGAAUGUUGCUUUCGAGAACCCCCGCAUUCACUCUCAGCUUGAGGCCGGCAUCAGCCCAUAUGAGCUUUGUCCUGAUCGCAUUACUGGAAGAUCAUCGCAUGCCGAGCUUGUUGACGUCUGCCCAGGUCGCACAUGGCGGUUCGUCGCAGUCAACGUGCCUUACUCUGAGACGCAGGCACAUCGUCUCAAUGUCAUGACACUGAUGCACCCUCACAACACCGAGAUGGAUCUUUCUAUAUCAUUCGCCCUCUAUUUCGCUUCACGUGGUAGUGGGGUAGUCUGUGCCUCAGAUAAGGGCAAGACUGAGCCGUACAUAACCACUGCGCAUGUUCUUCUUUCAGGCCUGGGUGCUGAUGAGCUUUUUGGAGGCUAUCAACGACACGAUUUAGCCUUUGCCCGUCGUGGUUAUCCUGGCCUUGUUGAGGAGCUAGAACUUGACUUUAGUCGAUUGGGAAAACGAAAUCUAGGCCGAGAUGAUCGUGUCAUCAGUGACAGCGGCAAAGAAGUUCGAUUUCCGUAUCUCGAUGAGGAUUUCAUCGCAUUGGCGCUCCGUCUUCCAGUGACUGCUAAGUGUGAUUUUGGGCUGGCCCAAGAGGCUGAUAGUGAGGAUCCAAUGCGGGGCCUUGAACCCGCAAAGCGAGCUCUUCGGUUGCUAGCAUGGCAGUCAGGUAUGAAGAAAGUGGCUUCCGAAAAGAAGCGUGCAAUUCAGUUCGGUGCCCGCACCGCAAAGAUGGAGACGGGCAAAACAAAAGGCACGCAUGUGCUCAGCAAAUGA